ACGUCAUUCUCACGCGCCUCCUGUUAUCAGACCGGAUGUUUUCUUUUUUAGUUCCGCUAGUGAUUGUAACCGUAUUUGCUAACAAAUAUAGAUUGUAGACGUUAUCUGCAACCAGUAUUGUUGUUUAACAGCUCACAUGUCUUUAAGUUACAGUGUAAAACAUUAGCAAGCCGUUCAUUCAACAAAACAGCCGGAUGAAAUCGCCUUAGUUAAACAGCUGAAAAUAACAACAUUUAGACUGAGUGCACCAUGGGCGCUGAACAGAGCGGAGAUGCUGAUCAUAAACAUUCAGACUUCAGCGCUUCAGUUGUUCCCUCUCCAGUCAAGCAUAGAGCCAAAAUGGAUGACAUAGUAGUUGUUGCUCAAGGAACUCAGUCAUUACGGAAUAUCCAUAAUGAUCCAGAUGUAAUAAAACUGCAAGAAAUUCCCACCUUUCAGCCUCUUCUGAAAGGCGUGCUCAGUGGACAAACCUCUCCGUGCACUAUCUGUUUAGAAAAGCUGGAUUCGGCACAGGUACUGCAGCUGUGUGUCCGAUAUCAGGAUCAUCUACACCAGUGUGCGGAAGCUGUUGCCUUUGACCAGAACGCUCUGGUCAAGAGGAUCAAAGAGAUGGAUCUGUCAGUGGAGGUGUUAUUCAGCAUCAUGCAGGAAAGGCAAAAGCGGUAUGCCAAGUACGCCGAGCAGAUCCAGAAGGUCAAUGAGAUGUCGAUGAUUCUGAGACGUAUUCAGAUGGGCAUCGACCAGACGAUGCCGCUGAUGGAGCGUCUCAACAAUCUGCUGCCUGAGAGCGAGCGCCUCGAGCCCUUUAGCAUGAAACCUGACGGAGAAAUCAAAUAGAGUUUGACAACAGUUGUUAAAAAGUUAAUAGUACUAAUUGACUUUUGCUUUAUAGAGACCCACCUCAGGUCAUGUCUGGUUGUUACCUAAAGAACGUCUCACUUUGCACUCUGAAAGGCUUUUUGUGUGCCUGGAUCAUGUGUUAUCUUGCAUAAAACAGGUUACAUGGUACAAAUUGAAAGACAUUAACACCAAAAUGGUGUAUGCAUGUGUAUAUAUUUACUUAAAAGACUUAACUCAGUGGUUUUAAAGGGCAUGAUUCUGCCUCUGAAAUUGAAAAUGUUAUUUAAUGAGAUGUCAUUCAAGCAUAUGAUGCUUUUGCACUUGAGAGGCUUUUUGUAGACUGGUGUCAUUAAAGUUGUUGGCAUUAAAUCCUUUAUACAUA